AUGGCGACAAACGGGACCAUUGGCAUCGAUGACAGAAAGACAGAUGUGAAUGCAGCACCGGACCGUAUCAAAUUUGCAUACUGGGUGCCAAACGUUUCUGGUGGCUUGGUCAUCUCGAAGAUCCCUCAACACACGAACUGGGAUCUCGAGUCGAACGUGCGGUACGCUCAAACAGCCGAGAAUGUCGGUUUUGAAUAUGCGCUGUCUCAAAUCCGGUUCAUGGCCGGUUAUGGCGCCGAGUUCCAACACGAGCCGGUCUCCUUUUCGCAAGCCAUUCUCCACCAGACCAAGAAGAUCAAGCUUAUCGCGGCAUUGCUCCCUGGUCCAUGGAACCCCACCAUUGCAGCAAAGCAGAUCGCCAGCAUUGACAGUUACACGAAUGGCAGGGUUGCCGUCAACGUGGUCUCGGGCUGGUUCAAGCUCGAAUUCACCAGUAUCGGACAAUGGUGGCUUGAUCACUCGGAGAGAUACAGGCGGUCCAAGGAAUUUAUUCACUGCCUGAAGGGAAUCUGGACACAGGACAAGUUCAACUUCGCCGGUGACUUCUACCAGUUCCACGACUAUACCCUGCAGCCAAAGCCGUUGAAAUGGGAGGGAAGACCACACCCGGAGAUCUUCCAGGGCGGGAAUUCCGUGGACGCGCGAGAGAACGCGGCGACUGUGUCUGAUUAUUACUUCAUGAAUGGAAAUACGCUUGAAGGAUUCAUCGAACAGAUCGAGGACGUCAAGGACCGCGCUCGCCGCGAAGGCCGAGAAGACCAAGUGAAAUUCGCGGUCAAUGGCUUUGUCAUCGCGCGUGACACCGAGGAAGAAGCCGUCCGCGUGCUGCAGGAGAUUCAGGGCAAAGCUGACAAAGAAGCCGUCGAAGCAUUUGGGGAGCAAGUCAAGAACGCAGGGGCUUCGACGGCGAAUAAGACGGGCAUGUGGGCAAACAGCAAAUUCGAGGAUCUCGUGCAGUACAAUGAUGGGUUCAAGACAAAGUUGAUCGGCACGCCAGAGCAGAUUGCUGAUCGGAUCUUAUUACUCAAGAGCUUGGGUGUGAGUAUCCUUCUGACCGCCUUCUUGCACUACGAUGAGGAGAUUGAAAGAUUUGGGAAGGACGUUAUUCCACUGGUGAGAAAGCUGGAGGAGAAAGGUAGAGGCAAGGAUCGAGAAUAUGAGAUUAAGUUGACAGGAGACGUGUACAAGGCCAAACCAAAGGAUUGA